GAAAAAUUUCCACUUUUGUUUUCUUCUGCAGAAUUGAAAACAAAAAUUCAUGAAACCUCCAAUCAGAAAACCAGGUCCUCAAUUCCUACACAACAAACAAACACCUCAUUCAAGAAUUCAUGGCAGAAUUCCUCACUCUUCAUCCACGAAUCAAGAAUCGCCCAACCCACCAAGAAACGGAUCCCCUCUCGCCAGAUUCCUCGACCCAUUUCGAAACCCGAAACCCAUUUCCCAAUUCGACAAAUCGGCGCACAAAUUCACCCAAAGAAUUUCAUUUUCAUCAUCCGCCGCGAAUCCGCCGUUGGGGGCGGAGGCCCCCAUCGACGCGGGAUCUUCGAUAAGAAAGCCCAGCAGUUUAUGGCCGGGAAUGUACCAUUCCCCUGUAACAAACGCGCUGUGGGAAGCUAGAUCGAAAAUGUAUGAGGGUCCCACCGGAAGUGAUUCUCCGGCGAGUGAAUUGGUCGCGAAAACUCCGGCGAAGAGCCGGACGAGUAUUCUGUACAAAUUCUCGAGUGAUUAUAUACUGAGGGAGCAGUAUCGGAAUCCGUGGAGUGAGAUUAGGCUGGGUAAAUUGCUUGAAGAUCUUGAUGCUUUGGCUGGAACCAUUUCGUUCAAGCAUUGUGCAUGUGAAGAUAGUUCGACGAGGUCAUUAAUACUCGUUACAGCCUCAGUAGACAAAAUGGUCCUAAGAAAACCGAUUCGAGUGGACAGUGAUCUAACAAUAGCAGGUGCUGUUACUUGGGUUGGCCGAUCUUCCAUGGAGAUUCAACUCGAAGUCACUCAGUCCUCUCAAGAAACAGCCGAUACCUCAGAUGCAGUUGCUCUUACAGCAAACUUCACAUUUGUGGCGCGUGAUUCCAACACUGGAAAAUCAGCCAUAAUUAACCAAAUCGCCCCGGAAACGGAAAAGGAAAAAUUGGUCUGGAAAGAAGCGGAAGAAAGGAACAAGUUAAGGAAAAAGAAGAAAGGCGAACAGAAGAAAGAAAUCAACGAUGAGGAAAUGAAUAGGCUGAACGAGUUACUAUCCGAGAGCCGUGUCUUUUGCGAUAUGCCAGUUUUAGCGGAUCGAGAUAGUAUACUUAUAAAAGAAACUCGCCUUCAGAAUUCUUUGAUGUGUCAGCCGCAGCAAAGGAAUAUCCACGGAAGGAUUUUCGGAGGAUUUUUAAUGCGGAGAGCUUUCGAAUUGGCUUUUGCAACUGCUUAUGCUUUUGCUGGUAGUUCGCCUUGCUUCGUCGAAGUUGAUCAUGUUGAUUUCCUUAAACCGGUUGAUGUUGGAAAUUUCCUGCGUUUCAAUUCGUGCGUGUUAUAUACAGAGCUUGAGAAUCCAGCUAAGCCUAUGAUCAAUGUCGAAGUUGUUGCUCAUGUUAUGAGGCCCGAGCUCCGAUCCAGUGAGGUAUCGAAUAAGUUCUACUUCACGUUCACGGUCGACUCAGAUGCGGUGAAAAAUGGUCAGGGAAUUCGGAAUGUGGUUCCUGCAACGGAGGAGGAAGCGCGACGAGUUAUUGAACGUAUGGAUGCUGAGAGGUCAUGGAAUUCUUCUUAAGUAAAAUAAAAGAAACUAAACAUACUUAAAUUGCAUUGUUAUACAUUUGAAAUUUGGAUAGAGAAUCAAAUGAAAAUGUGGGAGAUGGGGUGUUUUUUGUUAUUUUGCCUACAUUUAGGGGGUUUUCGUAAUUUAUCCUUAUUUUAAGUAA